UCACAUGAAGUCUCAGGGAGCACAGAGUGUGGAUGAGCACAUGCUGCAUUUCCUGACAUCUGGGUCUCAGAGAAACUGGGGACCUGGGAAAGGGGGUGUAGCCUCAGGAACUCCAGGAACCAGGAAGCGAAGGCAGAGAUCUGAAGCCUGUGUCCUGAGUUCAGAGAGCAGAGGAGGUCCAAGCAGUAUCAGGAGUCAAGGCAUUGUGUUCGUGGUUGAGAUGAGUGAGCUCAGCAAACCCGAGGAAGACUUUCAGGACCCAGGCGAGGCCCAGGGCCCUGUCGAGGUGCCACUCUUGGAGGCUGAGGUGGGGGAGGCUGCAUCCCACUUGGCCUCCUAUGCCCUAGGAUCCUCCUCCGCUAAUGUGGAGGCCUUGCCCCAAGAAAGUCUGGAUAGAAUGAUGGCUAACCUGCUGAAGUUCUUGCUCCUCAAGUAUCGAGCCAAGGAGCUGACCUCCCAGGCGGAAAUGCUGAGUAAGGUCCUCAGGGAUAACCAGGAGCACUUCCCGAUGGUCUUCAGUGAAGUUUCAAAGUGCCUGCAGCUGGUCUUUGGCGUGGAUGUGAAGGAGGUGGACCCAGCAGAGCACACCUACAUCUUGGUCCCCACCCUGGGCCUCACCUGUGAUGAGAUGCUGAGCGAUGGGGAGGGCUUGCCCAAGGCCGGCUUCUUGGUGCUGGUCCUUAGCGUAAUCAUGCGGUGUGGAGACCCGGCCCCUAAGGAGGCGGUCUGGGAAGCACUCAGCAGGAUGGUGGUGUAUGUUGGGAGGGAGCACUGUGUCUUUGGGGAGCCCAGGGAGCUGCUGACCCAAGUGUGGGUGCAGGAGGGAUACUUGAGGUACCAGCAGGUGCCUGACAGCCACCCUGCCCGCUAUGAGUUCCUGUGGAGUCCCCGGGCCUAUGUGGAGACCAGCAAGUGGCAAGUCAUGGCAUUUAUGCUCAGGGUCAAUGAAAGGCCUUUGAGGGCCUUCCCAUUUAAGUCUGGAAAGGAUGAGAGGGAAGAGGAAUAGGGGGCCUGAGCCAGAGCAGCAGCCAGAUUGAGCCUUCCUUCUGUGAUUGAAGAGGGAGUAGUCAGCUUUCUCAGAAGUGAGGGCCCGGGCCAGUUGGGGGAACCAGUGUGUAGCAUGUUUUGGUUCCUGUUCUCUGUGAUGACAUGGGGAUUCGUCUCUUUUUUCUUUAGAAAUUUUUCAAAGCUUGGUUUCAUAGAAGGCUGAAGAAGCUUCAUUGGCUUUGUGAAUGAUAUUGUCUGAGUGUAUUUGUGGUUACUCAGUUCAGAACCUUGAGUUUUGCUGUUUCGUAAAAGAUUGGGAAGUUUUCCAUUUUCUUUUGUGGUCUUGAACAGAAUACAAUGGAAUAGAAAUUAGAACAGUUUUGAAAACAUGAACUUACAAAGCACUAGUAUUGAAUGGAGAAGAAUUAGAUAAUAAAAGGAAUCAUAGUGAAUUCAUGCUUAUGUCCUUCUUGUCUGUCAUUCACAAUAACUGAAUUAUCUCAGUUAAUUGAAUUUUCCUGGAUUAUUAAAAAAAGUAGCAGACUAUCUGAGACCCCUGCUCACUGGCUCAGUUAUUCCAAAGACAUGUACAGUUUCUCUGCUUCGUGAAAGGCCAUGUUAACAGUGGGGACACUAGGAGAAGCAGGACACCCCCACACUUACAGCAAUGGUCCAGGAGUCGCAGUCACAUGAGGUUUGUCUUGGGACAGAGGGGAAUCUCUGAAUGGAUCAUUGCUGUGAGGUGUCCUUUUGCUUCUUGGAUAAACCCCAGAGAGAUCUCUUUCUAGGGCAGGCAGGAAGGGGUCCUGGCUCUUGUCCCAUAGCUGUUGACCACAGGGAUGAAAUAGGUGUUUUCUAUCCACCAUCUGCUAGGAAACCUAGAGAAAUGUGAAUCUUGAUCUUUGAUAUAUGGCCAG